AUGACGGCUGCGGCGGUUCUGAUGGUCCUCGUGGCUUUCGUCGUCGUUGCCGGUGGCGCAGAGGCGGAGGCGGGACCGCAGCGGAUUCUGCUGGACACGGACAUGGACACCGACGACUUGUUCGCGCUGCUCUACAUCCUCAAGCAGAACCGGUCCGAGUUCGACCUCAAGGCAGUUUCCAUCAGUGUCAAUGCAUGGAGUAAUGCCGGACAUGCUGUGAAUCAUCUGUAUGAUAUACUCUAUAUGAUGGGCCGUGAUGACAUUCUGGUUGGUAUUGGUGGUGAUGGUGGUAUCUCAGACUCUGGCACCAUUUAUCCAAAUGUCGGUGGUUAUUUACCACUGAUUGAUCAGGGCAUGACAACAGUAGGAGGCUGCCGGUACAGGCAAGCUAUUCCACAAGGAGGCAGUGGGCGGUUAGACAAGGACACAAAACUUUGGAUUGAGAAGGGGAUUCCUUCCACAGGAUCACAUACAAACUUUGCCAUUUUUCUCAUGACAUAUCCACACCUGAAAAAGAACGUGGAGCACAUAUACAUUAUGGGUGGUGGAGUGAGAUCAAAGAACCCUACAGGUUGCUGUCCAAAAAAUGCUACCAAAUCCUGCACACCACAGCAGUGUGGUGACCAUGGUAACUUGUUUACUUGUUACGCUACCAACCCGAAUGCAGAAUUUAACAUAUUUGGAGAUCCUUUCUCUGCAUACCAGGUUUUUCAUUCUGGAAUUUCAAUCACACUUGUUCCUCUUGAUGCGACCAAUACUAUUCCAAUCAACGAAGAAUUCUUCUAUGAAUUCCAACGCCAUCAGAGUACUUAUGAGGCCCAAUACUUGUUUAAAGCUUUAAAGAUGGCUCGAGACACUUGGUUCAAUGAUCAAUUCUAUACAAGCUAUUUUAUGCGGGACUCCUUUACUGCUGGUGUUGCCAUCUCCAGCAUGCGCAAUGAUAAGAAUGGCAAAUUUGGAAAUGAUUUUGCUCAGGUUGAAUAUAUGAACGUUACAGUUAUAACUUCUAAUAAACCAUAUGGUGUGCAUGAUGGCUCAAAUCCAUUAUUCAAAGGUCGUGGAACCCCCAAUUUGGUCUUAAAAGAAAUGGAGUUCAUAGCGGUCAUGUUCAAACUGGAAUUACUGAUAGCUUUUGCAGCCUCAAGGGAAGUAAUAAAGGAAGAUGAUGGAUACACUAAGGAAGUCUCCGGUCCAGAAGCAGUCCACAUUCGUGUUGCUACGGGGGCUAAACCAAAUGUGGAUAAGUAUAGCCCUCUUGACAGGGAGUUUUUCAAAAGCUUCCUAGAGGCACUAAAUCUUCGUGAGAACUCGGAUAGUUUCAACUUUAUGGCACAGUUUCCAUUUUACAGGGAGAUUCUUUACAAGCUAGACUUCAAAAACAAAAAAAUUGGGCCACCUGUUAUUUUUGACAUGGACAUGAGUCCUGGAGAUUUUAUCUCACUUAUAUAUCUCUUGAAGGCACCUAUUGAAGUAAUAGAUUUAAAGGGAAUUUUGGUCAGUGGCAAUGGUUGGGCCCACAUUGCAAGCAUUGAUAUCAUUUAUGAUAUAUUACAUAUGAUGGGCCGCGAUGACAUUCCUGUCGGUCGUGGUAAUACCAAUGCAUUAGGAACUCCAAUUCUUGGUUGCAACUAUGCCAGUAUUAUUCCCCAAGGUAGUGGGGGACUUAUUGACUCGGACACUCUCUAUGGGCUACCUCGGUCAUUGCCAAGAAGUCCUAGAAGGUAUACUGCUGAAAAUUCAGUAAAAUAUGGUGCUCCUAGAAACACUGACCAUCCAGAACUUCGGCAGCCAUUGGCUUUUGAAGUUUGGCAGUCUAUCAAAGAGCAGCUUCCUCCAAGUGAGAAGAUCACUAUUCUUACCAGUGGACCUCUUACAAAUUUGGCCAAUAUAAUGCUCUCUGACAGGAACACAAGUUCUGUAAUAGAGAAGGUUUAUGUUGUUGGAGGUCAUAUCAGAGGUGAAAAUGAUUCCAAGGGAAAUGUGUUUACUGUUCCAUCAAAUAGAUAUGCAGAGUUUAAUAUGUUUCUUGAUCCACUAGCUGCGAAAACAGUCCUGGAGUCCUCUCUGGAUAUCACACUGAUUCCUCUGAUGUCUCAAAGAAAAGCUGCUUCCUUUAAGUCUAUCCUUCACGCUUUGAAGCAUACUGAUCACACUCAAGAAUCAAGUUUUGUCCACCGCUUGCUGUUUUUGCUACAUGAACUUCAGCAGAAGCAUCGGCUGUAUCACCAUAUGGAUAUAUUUCUGGGAGAAGUUCUUGGUGCUGUCUACUUGGUGGAAGGAUUUAGUAUGAGACCGUUCAUACAAUCAAUGCCAAUAAGCGUGGUUGCCAACAGCUCAAGAAGCACGAACGGGCAGAUUGUGGUCAACAAGCAGAGUGCAAAUUCUGUAAAGGUUUUGGUUGAUUUCAGUAGUGGAAAAUACUACAGCCGAGUUGGCAAAUCUUUACGCAACAAGGAGCAAUCUGCUGUUGUUGGUAGUUUCGCAGAACAGAAUACCAUCGGGAGCAGGCCACCUGAGAUUCUGAGAAAUUGA